AUGAACUUUUGUUACUAUAAGUGCUCACACAAGCAGUCCAGUUACCUGAAGGCUUAUAUAGUAUAUAUCCCUGUAUUGCAGUCAGUUAGAUGGUGUCGCCCUGGAGAUCAGUUUAAAAUCCAAGGAAACGUUGGAGUGACAGACUGUGGCAUGGAAAUAGUGUUUAAGAAUCUCGUGGUCACUCGCGGAGAACGGAGGAUUCUCUCGGACCUCAGUGGGGUGGCUCGUCCUGGCCGUGUGCUGGCAGUUAUGGGACCAAGUGGCUGUGGGAAGACCACACUGCUAAAUUGUCUAGCUGGACGAACGCUGCUUGAUCAUGGGGAGAUAGCCAUGGACGGAAUCCCAGUCAACAAGUCUUUGAGGAGAAAACUCUCCUAUGUCAUGCAGGAGGAUUCCUUUUUCCCUAACCUUACCCUUCGGGAAACGUUGUCUUUCACAACAAUGCUUCGCUUGCCAGACAAAUUGCCCAAGAGUGAGAAGAUACAGAGAAUGGAAGCAAUAAUUGAUGACCUCGACAUCAGGAAAUGCCAACACACAAUUAUGGGAGAUGCUUGGUGUCGAGGUAUAUCAGGUGGUGAGAAAAAGAGAGCUAGCAUUGCUUGUGAACUAAUCACUGAUCCAGCCAUCAUUUUCCUAGAUGAACCAACAUCAGGGCUGGACUACAGCACAGCUUCAAGCCUGGUUCGAACCUUGCGCACUAUAACAGAAGCACAGAAGAAGACACUGGUGAUGACAAUUCACCAGCCAUCCAGCCAGAUGUUCUUCACUUUUCAUGACCUGCUACUCCUGAGUGAUGGCCAGAUGGCCUUCUUUGGUUUAUGUGCAAACGUGAUUGACUUUUUCCAUAAAGCUGGUCUAGUCAUGGAUGCUCACUACAACCCUGCAGAUUUCAUAAGUCUUUUUAUUGUCAAAUUUCCUGGCAUGAAGUUGAAGAAACUCAAAGAGGACAAAGACACAAAGCAACAAAUCAUUGAAGCUGCAAGAAAUCUAAGGUAUGCAGAUUCAUGGCCAGAGGAGCUGAAGGUUCAAAUUAGAAGCAGCACAGAGAAUGAGAACAUGGAACAUGAUAAGAAAAAUAUAGAAAAACGCAAUAAGAAGAAAGGUGAUAAAAAAACCGACAGUGUCCAUGUCAGUCUUGUCCAUCUUGAUGGACAGGAAUCAAAUCACACAUUUGAAGAUCAGAGCCAUACCCAAAAAUGGGCAACUGGGUGGGUCACUCAGUAUGUUCAGUUAACCACGAGGACCUUUCGUCAGUCACGCACACGAAUUUUGAGCAGACUAAAGAUUAUGGAGUCUGUUCUUCUUUGUCUUCUGGUGUCCAUUGUAUGGUUUCAGUUACCACAUACAGAAGAAACAUUGAGAGACAGAAUGGGAGCACUGUUUUUUACCAUCAUUCACUGGGGAUUCACACCACUCUUUGACGCUGUUUCUUCAUUUCCCAUGGAACGUGUGGUCAUCCACAAAGAACGAUCAGCAGGAUGGUACAGACUGUCAGCAUACUACUUGGCAAAAAUGACCAGUGAACUACCUCUCAUCUUAGUGCAGCCAGGCAUCUUUGUAGCUGUAUCCUACUGGUGCAUUGGGUUUAAUGGAGUAGGACCUUUCUUUGGUACUGUCUUUAUUAUGAUGGUCAAUGCCAUAGCUGGGCAAAGUAUUGGACUUUUCCUUGGAAUUCUCUGCAUGGACUUCCGCAAAGCUAUGACGGUAGCCACCAUCUUCAUGAUGGCAAUCAUGCUCUUAGCUGGCUUCUACACACGCAACUUGCCUUACUGGUUGGACUGGAUAAAAUUCAUGUCCUUUUUGCACUUUUCAUUCCAUGCGGCAAUGGUUUUGGAGUUUACCAAUGCACCACCCAUCCAAUGUGCAUCAACAGCUAACGCCUCACAAUUUGCGCAAUGUCUAGCCAACAACUCGAUGGUGCCAUCAGACGAUGUGUUGGAGCAUUACAAUAUUGACCCUCACUUCUGGCAUCACUUCCUACCGCUGCUACUGUUUAUAGCUGCAUUUCGCCUCGCUGGCUACCUGGUCCUGCGCUUUGUUUACCGACCCCAAUCACAAUGAUUGGUAUUAUUUUUAUGAACUCAUUUGGCAUCAGCAGCACGUACUCCUGGGAUGUUACAUUCAGAUGAGUCACCUACAACAGUAAACAUGACCAACUGUUCCAGUUUUUGCGGGUGUAGCCAUUAUUCUACAAUUCUAUAAACACUUUUAAAUGCAAAAAUAAUGCCCUGAACGUGUGGCAGCAAAUUAUGACAACAACAUCCCUUUUAAAGUGUCAUUGCUACUC